UCCACCCAUUAUUUCGCAGUUGAGAUGGUUAGCUUCAAGUGCGAGACGAAAGCAGUGGCACACGCCCUUUGGGAAUGGGCUACUGAUCGGCAACUAUUCUUGACCCUCGAAAAGUCCAGUUCAGUAAAACCAGUCAAAUCCAAACGUGGACUGUUUUCUCGAAAACAUACAUUCACAUUUGCGGGACGUUGCAGGCGUGAAGUCCUUGCGCGUCCAACUUUGGCUGCAACGUUACCGUUGGAUAUCGGUAAAUCCCAUCUGGAACCGGUUGAAAACUUUUGUGCGGAUAAGAUUCAGUCUGCUGGUUCACAUAGUGUCAGCAUGGUGGCUUUAACACAGGAUGCUGUGGCACCAGGACGUGCUAUGCAAGUCAUUGGCGAGGAUGAAUCUAGCGAAAGGACAGAUUUCGCAGGAGCUGCUUCCAUGUCCGGCAGUGAUAACUUAGCCUUGACCAGACCAGCACAUUCUCAAGAGACAUCGAAUGAUCAAACAGAUAGCCUGCUCAAUAUGACGGCGACUACCUUACCGAACAACAUUGAAGAUGCCGCUUUUGUCCAACAGCAUCUAGCUGAAGUGCUUCCGCUACCACGAAAGGUUCCAUCUGAACUUUUAGCACCUUUGUUCAAAGAACUGCCCAGGAGACGUUAUACUCAUCAGGCGAAAGUCAGGCAACAUAAACUGCUACAAAGUCAGAAGCGACACCCCUCUGGGGAGGAACGCAAUGCGGAAAUCUUUGACACGGAUGAAGAUGAAACAGAAGCGAUUGCUGAACUCGAUGCGAUUACGGAAGCUGCUGAUCACGGCUGGACGAACAAGACAGAUUCAGCAACUCAAAUGUUGCUUAUGUUGUUUUCGCAGAAUCCUGUCCAAAACUCAAGCCCCGGCAGUUUCUUUUCACGGUUUUUCUCAACGCCAUCCAAAGUACCCUCCGCCUCCAAACCUGUUGACGCCAGUUCGAGCCAACAUCAAAACCGGUCGGGGACUUCUAGCUCGAUAUAUCAUAGCGCAGCUUCGAUGGCUUCACAAGAACAUGAAGAAGAAGGCGGAGAAUCGGUUCCGGCUUCUGCCUGGAGCAUUAUGUUAACAUCUGCCGGAAUACUUACCGGUUUGUCCCUGGUGGGUUUAGCUUUGAUUUUGGAAACUGAAGUACAUUCCCCACUUAUGGUAGCCUUUCGCGAGCAUCCAUGGAUUUUGGAUUUCGAUGCUCGCUAUUAUCGUCCGUUUCGCACGGCCCUUUUCGGAUUUUGGCGCCGAUGACAAUAGGAGUGUCUCCUGUUCGAUUUCACGCGCCGUGUGAAAUUUGCCGUCACAUCAGAUAUCCGCAGUACUAGAAAGCACGACGGUGAAAUACGUCAUUUUGUACAACCAUCGCUCAUUCCCUCACGUUCUAUCAAUCAAAGUGCCCAAUUUGCUGUCCAUUUCUACCAAUUCUCCUGUUAUAUAAUUUCUCGAGCCUUAUUCACCUUCUUCAUGACUUCGCUUCACCAUUCCCAUAGAAAAAUAACACUACAACUUCGUCAAACAUUGAUCCUCCAAUAGACAGCAGUUCGUAGCACACAAAUUUGUUCCCUGCCCUCCCUCGCCUGUUAUCUUCAACCCUUUUAGUACCUUAUAUUUUUUGUUGCUUAUUUGGGUUAUUUGUUCCUAAUCCUAGUUUCUCCGUUGCAGUUGUCCAUCAAUUUUCACUUCUUCUGUGUAUCUGGUCGGUCCGUAGAUGCCGCCUCUACUUUCGCAGGUUUUCGAAGAUUGUUUUUCCUCCCCACAGUCAAAUUUCUCCUACUUGGUGUUUUUUUGUUCCCAAAUGAUUGUUGGUUUCCUGGAUAGAUGUAUCCCAUUUAGGUAGACAUGAGUAUAAACGAAUGAAACAUGGGCUUCAGCAUUU